AUCUGUCUAUACUCUGAGCAGUCAUGAAUAUUAUGUGGUUUUGCAUCAUGUCAGUGCUGUCGAUUACUGCAGUUAUCUCUGAUCAAAAUAUUGAUACAAGCCACAUCAGAGUUUUCCCUGCAGUGAACAGAAGUAUUGCAGGAGUAUUCCAGGUUAGCUAUCUGAAUUACCUCAACCAGCCUCAUUAUGCCUUCAAUGCUUCUGAUGCUCGGAAGCUUUGCUCAACACUCGGAGUGAACAUUGCCUCAAAAGAACAAGUGCAGAAAGCUCUCAUGAGGGGUUUAGAAACAUGCAGGUUUGGCUGGAUUGAUGAACAUUUGGCAGUCAUUCCCCGCAUCAAGGCACUUUCUACUUGUGGCAAAAACCAGACAGGCUUAGUGACAUGGCGAGCUUCUGUUACACAACAUUUUGAUGUGUUUUGCUUUAAUGAAUCAGAUAUCACAGCACAACUGAUGGAUACAACUACUCAGCUCCCUUCUGAGUCAGCAUACUCUACGUCUCCUCCCUCCCUUCCUCCUGUCACUUCUUCUUUUACCACUUCCCUCUCAUUCCUGUACGACGAAGACAGUGAGGCAGAGCCAGCCCGGUUUGUUGGCACAGCACAAGGCUUUGCUGGAGCAAAGGCAGUGCUCAUCACCUCAACCUGUGCCUUUCUACUUAUUGUGAUGGUCACCCUUGCAUACAUAAAACUGAAAAGGAGCUCUGGGAGCUCUGAUACAAAGCAGCAGGAAGAGCAUAUGGAGACAGAAGAGUGGAUGUGUCUGAAGAAAGUCAAGGAACCCAAGGAAGCUGCUCAGGAAGAUGUGAAGAUAGAAGUUGAUGAGAGUGCAAGUCAAACAUGUUGAACAAAUGUUCUAUGAACUGCUGAGUAAUAUGUACAUGUAUUGUGUUUUUAUUUGUGCAUAAUUAUGUUGUAUAAGUUUAGUUUGUCAUUUGAUGUAGCGAAUACAGGGAUUUGUUUUUAAAUUAUGGCACAUGCCAACAUUGUGACCACUAGAUGGCAGUGUUUGCAUAGCAAUCAUUUUGAAGACUUUUUAUUCUUUUACCAAAUGGUGCAGUGCUUCAGGGAUUGAAUAUACAUGUAAAUGCAACUUCUUUUUUCAAGCACUUUAAAUAAAACAUAUAUCAUUACUAAUAAACUUGGGUGUCUUCCAGAUCUUUCUACAUAUAUAUUUACAAAAAGUCCACCUAAGAACAAGCUAUUUAAAGGAGAAACAGAGGAAAUGUUCUAGACAUCAUUUAUCUCGGUUAUCAGGUUUGUCUAAGCUCACACUCUCUAAACCACGCAUUCUUACAUCUGGUGUAUAUACAGAAACUGAAAAUCUUCUGGUUUCAAACAGUUUCUAAGACAUAACACUGUCACACAAUGGAGUAUAAGGUACAACUAUUUAUACUGUGUGUUUGGGUAAUGACAAGUGUGUGCAUCUACUUCACACAUCUGGCACUCCACAGCUUUUGUCUAAAACUUUGAGUGCUGUAGUCAUCCAGUUGUUCACGGCAUGCAUCUUUACAUCACCACUCUCCCUUUUUGUCAGCUUGUGACCAGCUCAGCAUUGCUUUA